AUCAACCGAAUUCCGUUUGUUUAUUCUGUGGUCACGAGCAAAAUCGGCCGUGCGUACUUAUAGCUAAGCACAACACUACUACAUUGAACUUCGCUCCGCACAACACUUCUCUUUGCAACACCUAUUUUCUACUGUUACAUAUAUUCUAGUUCGGCCUCGUCAUCAUGUACGCACCGUUCCAGCGUUACGAUCGUACGUCCCGUCAGCUUCACAGUCAAAUGCCUAACCAGCAACACAUCGACAUGUCUCCCCAAAGAAGCGGUCACGAAAUCCUCGCCCUCGACGUCAAGCAGCUCAAAGUGCUCGUACAGUAUGGCACUAAAACCAAUGACCACACAAUAGCUUCAAGAAUCAUCUCGCUUUGCGAUUGGCUCGAAGGCGUCGGCUCCUCGUUGAGAUACGUCCUCGCAGCCGACAAGAGGACUCUCGAGAGCAUUUUGCAGCUCAAGAACGAUGUUUCCAAGUACUUCCCAGUUACAAACUCCAUGUGUAUCACAGCCGACCUCAAGACUCUUCGCAUGACUUUAGGACCCGCAGUGCCUCGAUACCAUAAGCCUCCGCGCUUCUACAGCCUCGUUCCGAUUGUACAGGCGCCAUUGCUUCCCCCGCCAGCUCGUCAAACGACUUCUCAUCCGGACAAGUAUAGGCGAGUCCCGGCCACUGGUAGACCCAAUUCGGAGAUUCUUUUCAAGUACUUAGAGCAAGAGUACAAUAAACAGUUCAUGAAUCGGCCUAUGAAUCAGCCCAUGGAUGAUGUACCCAUGGACCAACCCAUGGACCAGCCCCAGAGCCAACCCAAGAGCCUGCAACCAAAGUACGGCCAGCAGUACCAUGGCCCAGGACCAGCUCAGGGCCCUAACACCAUGCACACAGAGUACGGCCAACGUACUACUGGUCAGUAUCCCCAGUCACACGACAACUUGCAGCACGCCCAUCAGCAGCAACCCAAUGCCAAUGUCUACUCAGGCCAGCGCACCACUUAUGACCGCCACAAGCCGCACCAAGCCAACCCAUUCGCCGCCGAAGUCGAAGCUCGCAUCCGCGCACAGCAGAACCAGCAGUCGGUCGAUCGGGAAAAGCAGCGUCUCCAGGGCCAACAAGCAGAGAAUUAUCGUCAGCUUCAGAAUGCUCAUCGUCAGAAUCGUCGUCAAUCCCAUGUCCCGCAUCCAAAUCCAGCACAUUGGAAGCCGAAUGUUUCGCACACGUCGGUGAUUGAUCCUGCGGGUGGGUAUGGAGGAAGGGACUCAGGCGUGCGGUUUGCACAGGCGCCGGAGACGAUGCGUGUGUAUCCGAGUGUGGACCCGAAGACGGAGAGGAGAGCUGGGGGACGUCGGGGAGAGGAUUUGCAUGGAAGGAGACAGUCUGGGAUCGACAUGGAUCUUUCAUGGGACUACUAGGCUUACGUGGAACAAACACGACGGUAGCAUGAUGAAAACUUAUGUCUCUGAGCCUUUAGUGCCACUCAUGUACAACAUAUGAUACGCUCGAGUCUAUAGCCU